AUGGAUGAACCGCAUCAUCGUCGUCAUCGUCGUCGCCGUCUUCGUCGUCAUCACCACCACUGCAAACGCAGCGCCGCUGUUGUGCAAGCCCCUCCCGUGCACCCGGCGCUUCCCGCCGGACCACGACGUACCAAGUCGCCGCCGAAGCCACCGCUCAAGCCACCCGCCAAACCAACGGCCGUACCACCGGCCAAGUCGCCAGCGAGGCAGCCGCCGCCCGUUGUGACUCAGCAACCUGCCGCUGUAGCGCUGCCACCUCCGGUACCCGCUCAGCCAAACGUCAAGCAGCCGGACGCUGUUCCACGGAUGGCCCAGCACGAAGUGUCCGAAGGGGUGAACCUCACGGCUCGGCCGAGCAUGACGCCAGAGAAGUGGCCGGCCUUCGGCGACGUACCGGUGCAGCUCACGUGUCCGCAGUGCCACCGCCGGGUCACGACCAGGCUUGAGCUCAAGAUCGGAUGCUUCGCGAUGUCCAUGGCCUGCGUCACCUGCUUUGUGUUCUGCCCGUGCUGCUUCUGGGUGCCCCUGUACAUGGACUACUUCAAGGACGUGUCCCACGUGUGCCCGCAUUGCAACGCCAUGCUGUACGAGAGGAAGAGGUGCUGAAGGCGCAAAGGAGCUCCUGCGAGGAGUGCCACUUUGUUCCACAGCUGUCUUCCCGUUUCUUUUAGAAGCUUACGUCGUUUGGAAAACAGGCGCAUAUACGCUAA